GGCGGGGGCAGCGCCGGGGGCUGAGGGGGCGGAGAGGCCGGGCCGGCCGGAGCUGCGGGCUGGGGUGAGCGCGGCGGAUAGGGGGCGGAGCCCGAGCCCCAGCCCGAGCCCCAGCCCGAGCCGGAGCCGACGAGCGGCGGCCGCACUCGGACCUGGGAGCCGGUGCGCUGCCUGCGAUUCGCCCCUGAGGAGUAACUACAUCAGGAGUUGAGAGGAGCCGAGAAAGACUGUACGAUGAACGGUGACACGCGGGCUGCGGUGGUGACCUCGCCACCCCCGACCACAGCGCCUCACAAGGAGAGGUACUUCGACAGGGUGGAUGAGAACAACCCGGAGUACUUGCGAGAGAGGAACAUGGCACCGGACCUUCGCCAGGACUUCAAUAUGAUGGAGCAGAAAAAGAGGGUGUCUAUGAUCCUGCAGAGUCCCGCUUUCUGCGAAGAGUUGGAAUCAAUGAUACAGGAACAAUUUAAGAAGGGGAAGAAUCCCACAGGCCUGUUGGCAUUACAGCAGAUUGCAGAUUUUAUGACCACGAACGUACCGAAUGUCUACCCUGCAGCUCCGCAAGGAGGGAUGGCUGCCUUAAACAUGAGUCUUGGUAUGGUGACUCCUGUGAAUGAUCUGAGAGGGUCUGAUUCAAUCGCCUAUGACAAAGGGGAGAAAUUAUUGCGGUGUAAGUUGGCAGCAUUUUACCGACUGGCAGAUCUGUUUGGAUGGUCUCAGCUUAUCUACAAUCACAUCACAACCAGAGUGAGCUCUGAGCAGGAACAUUUCCUCAUCGUUCCCUUUGGACUUCUCUACAGUGAAGUGACCGCGUCCAGUUUGGUUAAAAUCAAUUUUCAAGGAGAUGUGGUAGAUCGCGGGAGCACUAAUCUGGGAGUAAAUCAGGCCGGCUUUACAUUGCAUUCUGCAAUUUAUGCUGCAAGGCCAGAUGUGAAGUGUGUGGUCCAUAUUCACACGCCAGCAGGGGCCGCGGUCUCUGCGAUGAAAUGUGGCCUCUUGCCGAUCUCCCCGGAGGCACUUUCCCUUGGAGAAGUAGCUUAUCAUGAUUAUCAUGGGAUUCUGGUUGAUGAGGAGGAAAAAGUAUUAAUUCAGAAAAAUCUGGGGCCUAAAAGCAAGGUUCUUAUUCUGCGGAACCACGGGCUUGUAUCCGUCGGCGAGAGCGUUGAGGAGGCUUUCUACUACAUCCACAACCUUGUGGUCGCGUGCGAGAUCCAGGUCCGGACUCUGGCCAGUGCAGGAGGGCCAGACAACUUAGUCCUCCUGGAUCCUGGCAAGUACAAAGCCAAGUCCCGUUCCCCAGGGUCCCCGGCAGGGGAGGGUACCAGCUCACUUCCCAAGUGGCAGAUUGGUGAGCAGGAGUUCGAAGCUCUGAUGCGGAUGCUCGAUAAUCUGGGUUACAGAACUGGCUACCCUUACCGAUACCCUGCUCUGAGAGAGAAAUCUAAAAAGUACAGCGAUGUGGAGGUUCCUGCGAGUGUCACAGGGUACUCCUUUGCUAGUGACGGGGAUCCGGGCACUGGCUCCCCUCUCAGACACAGUUUUCAGAAGCAGCAGCGAGAGAAGACAAGAUGGCUGAACUCUGGCCGGGGUGACGAUGCUUCUGAGGAAGGGCAGAACGGAAGCAGUCCCAAGUCGAAGACUAAGGUGUGGACGAACAUUACACACGAUCACGUGAAACCCUUGCUGCAGUCUCUCUCGUCCGGUGUCUGCGUGCCAAGCUGUAUUACCAACUGCUUGUGGACUAAAGAGGAUGGACACAGAACCUCCACCUCCGCUGUCCCUAACCUGUUUGUUCCAUUGAACACUAACCCCAAAGAGGUCCAGGAGAUGAGGAACAAGAUCCGAGAGCAGAACUUGCAGGACAUUAAGACGGCUGGCCCCCAGUCCCAGGUUUUGUGUGGUGUAGUGAUGGACAGGAGCCUUGUCCAGGGGGAGCUGGUGACGGCUUCCAAGGCCAUCAUUGAGAAGGAGUACCAGCCCCACGUCAUUGUGAGCACCGCGGGCCCCAACCCCUUCAGCACGCUCACCGACCGGGAGCUGGAAGAGUACCGUAGGGAGGUGCAGCGGAAGCAGAAGGGCCCUGGAGAGAUUCUGGACGAGAGCAGAGAAGAGAAGGAGAAGAGUCCUCCAGAACACCCUGCUGCCCCCCACACCCCCCCCAGCACCCCCGUCAAGCUUGAGGAAGACCUGCCGCAGGAGCCCGCCUCCAGAGAGGACAGUGACGCUGCCACCUUCAAGCCGACUCUCCCCGACCUGUCCCCUGAUGAGCCUUCAGAAGCGCUCGGCUUCCCGACAUUGGAGGAGGAGGAGGAGGAGGAAGAGGAGGAGGGGCUCUGUGAGGCCCGCGAGCCCCCCAGCCCCACCAGGUCCCCCUUGGUGGCCAGCCCCGAGCCAGCCUCCGCCCGGGCGGCUGAAGAGGCCGCCUCCCCAGCUGCCGAGGACCCUGGCAGCGACGGGUCUCCGGGCAAGUCCCCUUCCAAAAAGAAGAAGAAAUUCCGCACCCCCUCCUUUCUGAAGAAGAGCAAGAAGAGGAGUGACUCCUGAAGACCCCGUCCCGCACCAGCUGGCGCCACCAGACCGUCCCCGAUCGCGUCUCGUGUCCUGUCUUCCCGUGUAGUGGAAUGCAAAAAGCCCAGCCCUCCAUGUAGCUAGAGCUCCCCUCCCGGCCUGACCAGACCCCCACGUCCACCGGUGCUCGCCUUGCGUGUGUGCGCAGCGGCCCCCCCCCCCCCCCCCCCCCGCCGGCCCGCAGCCUCAGGUUCUGGGGGAGACGAAUCCACGUCCCUCCCAUCUGUCUGCCCCUUGGUGACACCCUCUCCCCUGGCGGUGAGAAGUCCUGGUCCCGGCCAGACGGUCGGAGGCCCUGCCGGCUCUGGCCUUGACCGCUCUCUCCUUCUGUCGUGAGGUGACCCGUGCUGUGUGCUAGGCUCCCCUUCACCCCCAGGUCUCGGGUGACUGAAUCAGACUUGUAGUUUCCUGCUGGCGUUACCUGCUGGGUGAGUGAGCUCACUCUGUGGACACAAAGCCUCAGUCCUGUGAAAACACUCACGUGCCCGCCAACGGCCCAAGGCAUAACAACAGCCUUUGAGAGGCGAGUUUGGGCUGAGCCGGAAACCCCAACAGCAAAGGGGACCUGUGUCUGCCCAGCACAAGCUAUGUGUGGUCUGAUUACCCUGAGGCCAGAAACAGGUUCAGGGGCUCCCCAUUUCUCACUCACUGGGGUCUCUGGGUUCCUGUCAUGGGGAAGAUACGUCAAGACAGGGGAAGAGUCCUUUCUAGAAUUUUUUUCAGCAGGUUUGCAAUUUACCCUACGUUUUUUACCGUGAACAGGCCUCUUUUUAGUAAGUUUUUUCUCUGCUCACUCGUCUAGGGGACGUUUUGGACCGAGAAGGGGUCUUCUCUUACCUUUAACUCUGCCUUGAAGACCCCCCUGGUUUUGGUAAAAGGCGCAAGGUACAAGACCCAGUGGUCCCUCCCUCACUGCUUACACCAGCCACUUAUGAGCCGUGACUUGCUCUCCUUGUUUGGCAUCGUGAAGUUUCACUUAACUCAGACCCCUGGGAAACCACAUGAAGCUGCUUAGCGGGACUAGUGGGUGACCCCUUCCAGGAGCUGUCCCGGUGCCAGCCUGACCAGGCACCGGCAGGCCUCCUCCCCGGGCGGACCCAUGCUCCUGACACCAAGGCAGGACCUGAGGCUGGCUGCAUGGCGCUGACCACUGCUUCGAGCUUGCUGGCGACUUGCUUUUCUCCUGUGUGUCACUUUGUUGUCAUGGUGGCGUCCGGGCGCUGAGCCCUCAGCCCGUACAGUUGACCCCGGACUCUUCACCCCUUCCUUUUGUCCCUCCCAUGCAAUGACUUUUAUUUCACUUUUGUAGUUUAUUUUAACUCUUUGUAUUACAACAUGAAGUCUAGUCGCAUAUAUGGAUACAGGCUUGGGAGGAUGGGUCCUCUGUCCUCCACUGUAACGUGUUUUACUCACAAAUAAAAUUCUUUAAGCAGUUUCCUUGUCUAAA